CAAUCACGAAUCCACACCUCGAUUCCGCCCUCGAACUCACCACGCUCAACGAUUUCUCUCCAUCUGCCGCCUUUUUCCUACACAAGCGCCCGCCGCGCUCUCGCCUUCCAUCCCUCCCUCCCUCCCACACACACACAUCCAUGUCCGACAGCAGCAAACGCACACACCACGACGGCUCCAGCACACGCGCCUACACGGCCGAGCAGAAAGCCGCGGUGCUACGCAUCAAGCGGUGCGCGCCCACGGCGUUUUACGAAAUCCUCGGCCUCGAGGAGGUGCGGAGUAGCUGUGGGGAUGGCGAGAUCAAGAAGGCGUAUCGGCGGCUGAGUCUGUUGACGCAUCCGGAUAAGAAUGGGUAUGGUGGGGCGGAUGAGGCGUUUAAACUCGUCUCCCGCGCCUUCCAGGUCCUCUCCGACCCAGACAAGAAAGCAAAGUACGACAAGUUUGGCGGCGACCCAGAUAACCGCUUCGCCGGCGCCUCAUCGUCCUCCUCGGGCGCCUCGGCGUCACCGUUCAGUGGCUUCGCGCGCUCAAGUCAUGGCGGUGCGGGCAGGGCUCCCAUGUUCGAGGAGGAAAUCUCCCCCGAGGAGAUGUUCAGACAGUUCUUCGGUGGUGGCAUGGGCGGUGGUGGUUUCGGUGGUCCCUUUGGUGGCUUCGACAACGGCCCCGGCUUCGUCUUCAACCUCGGCGGCGGCGGCCCAGGCAUCCGCAUCCACCAAUUCGGCGGCGGCGCACCCCGCCGCCGCCCGCAACGCAACCCCGACGGCACACCAGCCCCGCAACCCUCCCCCAUCUCCGCCCUCUCCUCCCUCCUCCCCCUCCUCAUCCUCUUCGUCCUCCCCCUCCUCUCCUCCCUCUUCUCCGGCGCCACCACCCCUCAAGGCCCCUCCAUCCGCUUCGCCGAACGCGCCCCCUGGACCAUGGCCCGCACCUCGGAGCGCCUCAGCAUCCCCUACUGGGUCAACCCCGUCGAGGUCGAGGACAUGAGCAAGAAGAAGUGGCGCGCCCUCGACGAGGCGGCCGAGUUGCGCCACAUCGAGAUUCUGACGCAGGAGUGCGUGGCCGAGGAGCAGCGUGUCGAGCGCAUGGUGCAGGAUGCGCAGGGCUGGUUUUUUGUCGACGAGGAGAAGAUGGCGCUGGCGCGUGCGUAUCGUAAGGUUAGCUGUGAGCGGCGGAGGGCGUUGUUGGGGAAGUUGAGGUGAAUUUUUGCGUUUGUUUUGGUUUUGUGUCUUGUGUGUGUUUUUUUGGUUCCGGGGAGAGAGAAAACGACUGCAUCGUGU